UCCUAUCUGCAACUUUGGCGCGACUUCGCUGUUUUUCAUUCGCGCCUGGCUGACCCGAAACGCGUCGCCUUCGUGCGGACUGCACCGGCGUCCGCCGCUCCCAAUGCCAUGAACGUGGCGACAGUGUAUCCGGUGCAUGAUCCGGACCUUCGGGAUGCAAUCAGUGAGGAGUUGGAGGAGCCGCAGUCGAGGCUACGAAAAGACUUCAUUGGUCUUGAAGAGGUCUCGAGAAUCGACUUCCUGGUGCCACUGUUUGGCGAGGCCCUUGGGACAUUUCUUCUAGUGUUAAUCGGAUGCGCAUCGUGCGUAACGUGGGAUCCUGAUAAUGCUCCAAUGGUGCUACACAUCGCCUUCACCUUUGGUCUUGCGGUCGCUGCUCUCGCCCAUGUACUGGGACCCGUCUCUGGCUGUCAUGUCAAUCCCGCUGUUACUAUUGGUCUUCUAGCGAGUGGUAAUUGCAGUAUUCUCAAGGCAUUGUGUUACGUUGUGUGUCAGUGCUGCGGGGCAAUCGCUGGGGCUGCUGUUUUGAAGGUCGUAAUUCCGUCGACGGUUCAGGCCAACGGGUUAGGUGCGACAACCCUGGGCACGAAUAUUGACGGCGGCCAGGGUGUUCUUAUGGAGGCAAUAGUCACCUUCCUCCUGGUCCUUGUGGUCCACGCAGUGACAGACCCCAAGAGACCGGACACGCGGGGCUGGGCCCCCCUGGCAAUCGGCUUAACAAUAUCCGUGGCUCACAUGGCCGCUGUCCCGAUAACCGGGAGCAGCAUGAACCCGGCCAGAACCCUCGGUCCUGCUGUGAUUCUCACUGAGUGGAGCGAUCACUGGGUCUACUGGGUCGGCCCAAUCCUUGGGGGUGUCGUCGCUGGUGGCCUCUACAAAACAGGACUUCGAGUCAAGUCCAAGGAGGACGACGAGGCUUCAUACGACUUCUGAAUAUUUUUACUGAAAAUACAAAACUAUAUGUGAAAGCGGGCUUUCGUUAAGUAGAUUAAGCUUAGGGUUAUCUCAUCGUCAUUUUUUUUUUUUUUUUAAGUGGCAGCUGUUUUCUCGUUAUUUUUAGGAUAUUAAUUGAUCAUGAUGUUUCGCGGGAGGAAGUUCAGUAGGGAAGUCGGAUUAUAUUGAGGUUUUGCAGAUUUAUAUCGAGAAAUGUUCAGUCUUCGAAUAUUCCGCAUUAAUAAUGUCUGAAGACAGUUUUUUUGAAAUUAAUUUGAUUGGAACUAUUUCUCAUGGAGUUUGAUCUAUUGAAAUUCUUUGGGAUUUUGGAAGUUUCUCUCUUACAUUUUUCAAUGUGAGAUGAAAGAAAACACGAUAAUAAAUUAUGUUGCAUGAAUUGAUCUGAAAUUUAUCGGAUUCAAGGAUUUUUUCUUCUGGAUUUUCUCAAUUCAGUUGAAAAUUUUCAUUUUAAUCAGUUUGUCCCCAGCCCUAAUGAGAGAUAGCGCAGUUGUUUAGAAUAAAAACGGCGGAUGAAAAAAAUAUAUGGAAAAAUCAUGAACUAUUACUAUUUAUGAUGAUAUUUCACGUGAGGAAUUUCAGGAGAAAAUUCCAAUUCUAUCAAGUUUUUGCCUAUUUUUAGCGAAAAAUAUGCUAAAUCUUUUUGAAAUCAAUUUGAUUGAACCUAUUUCUCAUGAAGUUUGAUCUAUGGAAAUUCUUUGGGAUUUUGAAGGUUUCUCUCUUGCAUUUUUCAAUGCGAGACGAAAGAAAAUAUGAUAAUUAAUUAUGUCGCAUGAAUCAAAAAUCGUUGGCUUCAAGAAUUUUUUUUUCAGGAAUUUUCCCAAUUCAGUGGAAAAUUCUGAUUCAAUUGAGUGUUCACCUAUUUUUAUCGAGAAAUAAUCCAAAUCUAUUUGAAAUCAAUUUGAUUGAAACUAUUUCUCAUUAAGUUUGAUCUAUUGAAAUUCUUGGGAAUUUUGGAGGUUUCUCUCUUGCAUUUUCCAAAACGAAAGAAAAUAUGAUAGAUUUUGUUCCAUGAAUAGAUCAGAAAUCUUUCAGUGGAAAAUUCUCAUUCUAUUUAGUCCGUCCCCAUUCUUAUCGAGAAAUAAUGCAGUUCUUCUGCGCAUUCUUCAGACUACAAAAGUCCAAUGAAAAAAAAGCCUACGAAAGAAUCACUUCGAAGUCAGUUUGAUCGAAACUAUUUCUCAUGAAACACAAUCCAUUGAAAAAAAUUCCCUUUCCUUCUUGAAUUUUUAAAUUUUCUUCUCGAUAUUCUCCUAUUGAAUAUAUUCUGAUACAUUUUCUCCUGAACCCCAUCAUAAAUCAAAAUCGAUAAAAAAAAAUGUAUGAUAUUACUCCGAGAAAUUCAAUGAUCGAAAAACAAUCAAACUGUUUUAUUAUUUUUAUUAAGAUUGCAAUUAUACUCGUGUUUAUUAAGUAUUAAUGUCAAUUAAGAUUUUGUAUAUAUUGUACUUACGUUUCUAGUAUUAUAACGUACCUAUGUAAUUGCACCCAAUUUUUUAUGUACAACAGAUCAAAAUAUAGAUCAUCAAACCUCUAAUUACCAUUUUUUUAACUGGCAAAUGUGAGGACUAAAUUAUGACGGAUUGUUAAUGUAAUUUGAUUUAAUAAAUCAAAAGAGAUUUAAUAAAAGACUAGCGAACGGGCGCCUCGCGCCCGUCGCUAGAUUAUAUUAUAUUGUA